GACCUUCGAUCAGCACAUAACGGAUAAUGAUAUUGUGUGCGCAAAUCAUAUCCGAUACUCCGGGCCAAUACUACACGUCAUUUAACUCAAAUAGAUUUUCAACACACAUUCUAUGGAGCAGGAAAAUACUAACGUUAUAUUGAUUGAUCGAUUGAUUGAUACGUUAGUUAAUUUCAUCAAAAUAUAGCACUUGAUAUGGCAGAAAUUAGCAAAGCAUCUUGGUUAAACUAUUUCAGCUCAUUACUGUUAGUAUGUGCCUUUUCAAGAGGUUGUUUGGCCAGGGUAUAUACUGAAAAACAUGCAAUAGGAUGGUUUGGUGAGACGGUGCGUCUCCCAUGUGAAUUCCCCUACACUGAUGUCCUCGCAUUGUACUGGACGAACAGCAAUGGUGAAACAAAAGUAUCGUAUUUCAAAGGUGAACUUGUGAGCUUCGAUGAACGGUUUCGUUUGAAUGGUGACUAUUCAGUCGAUAUCCUGAAUUUAACGGUGUCAGACGAAGGAGAAUACACUUGCACAUUAGAACUUGAUUCUGGAGAUGGUUACGUUAAUAGUUCCGAACUCACCAUCUACGCAUCUCCAUCAAUGCUUCAGGUAACACCUUGUGUCCCUCAGUCAACAAAUAACCCAUACCAACAUCUGUGCAUCGUUGAAGCGGCCAACACAUAUCCCUUUAACCUGGAAUGUGUUGUCAGUGGCUUCAGACCCGAUGUUACGCUUGAAUGGACGUCAUCGGGUAAAGUGAAGCAGCCCCUUGGAAAUCCAUCCCGAAGGACAUUGCCCGAUGGUAGAUCUGAAAGGGAGGUGACCAUCAGUGUGGCUGCUAAAGAAGACGAAGAACAGAAUUACACCUGUACUGUUAGGGGCAAUGCCACCAAUGGCGCUGACCGGUCAACGACCGUUACUGUCCUGGUUCCACCUAUGUCGACAGUGAUCGCUGAACCUGUCAGGAGUGGACUAUCAGUUGGAGGCAAGGUUGCGAUAUCUAUCUUUGUUAUACUGCUAUUGAUAGCCAUUGGAAUAGUCGCUUUAUUUGUGACUUUGCUGGUUCUAAGGAGGAAGAAAAAACUACCGCCCCUAGGUGAAGUAGUCUUGAAUGUCAUUCCAUUUCUGAGAUCAGUGUACUUGCCCAUACCAGAUCCAGAAGAAGUGAGAUUACAAAGAAUUACAGAAGAAUUGGCUGAUGUACGUGAACGGUUAAAGGACUUCAAAUUUGAGCGAGAUGGAUCCGUUGUGAAGGCUGCACACAUCGGCCUGUUUGGAGAAAUGAGUGCUGGAAAAUCGUCCUUCAUAAACUCUCUUGAAUUUGCAUUUACAGGCAAAUAUAAGGAGAGUCAGGUGGUUGGUGACAAGGAAUCUGGUGGAGGAAAAACCAUUGCACGCACUGUCCUAAUGCUCACUGAGAGCAUUCAUAUUUUCGACAACCGAGGCAUGGCCGACUUCAAGAAAGAUUACCUGACUGAAGUAACUGCUCAGCUUCGUGGAGAACGCGGACCAGACAUAGAAGAAAUCAAGGCAAGUGAACAGGAAGAAAUACAUUGUGGUGUCUUCGUGUACAAAAUGUCUCAAUUCAACCGGCAAUACGGACUUGGAUUCAUUGGGGACUUCGCCAAAGAGCUCAGGCAACACACUGGUCAUCCCCCAAUGAUCGUUAUUACCCAUGCAGCAUCGCUUACCGAAUCGGAAAGAGACGACAUCAAAACAGAACUUGCUACCCAAGAUGUACGUGAGAAUGUGUACUUUUUCGAAAAUUACACGAAAAACAAUUCUUUGGAAGAUGAAGAAAAAAGUAUUGAGUUGCUGAAGUUCCUUGAAGAUGCCCUCAUCAAUUCAGAACUUAGUGUGGCGCAUACAGACAGAAGGAAAAGGGUAACGCCUGUGAAGCCAAAAGCCAAGGCAAAGAAAGAGAAGAAACACAGACAGGAAGAGCAGCCGUCGACAAGUAACGACGAGAAACCCAGUGCUGAUAAUGCUAAUGAAAAGAAGGGAUUAUUUGGAAGGCUCUCAUCUUGGUGGUGGGGAAAAUGACUUUUUCGCUCAUUUUUUUUUGUACGUGAGAUCUCGAGCUUAAUGAUUGGUGUGUGCUUGGUUUAUACGGAACGAUGAUUAUAAGCACAAAAGACUCUUGGACAAACCCACUUUUGCAUAGCAAAGCGAGACUAUAAGCACCACUUUUCCGACGGCGGCAGCGGCGACAUUUUCAAUAUUUAAAUCUUAACCCAAGGUUAAGUUUUUGAAACGUCAUUAUAAGGACCUAGUUUAUAAAAUUUGGAUAUAAGGGUAAUCAAGUAUAUCAAUGAACAUCCUGCAUAAGUUUCAGGUCACAUAACGGAGGUCAAAGGUCAUUUAAGAACAAGGUCAAUGAACUUUUGCCAUAUUAGGGUAUUAGUUGAAUUGCCAUCAUAUCUUUGAAAGUUUAUGGAUAUGGUUCAUGGAACUGCGACAUAUUAGAGUAAUCAAGUAUCACUGAACAUCCUGUGCGAGUUUCAGGUCACAUGACCAAGGUCAAAGAUCAUUUAAGGUCAAUGAACUUUGGCCAAAUUGGGGGUAUUAUUUGAAUUGCCAUCAUAACUUUGAAAGUUUAUGGAUAUAUAUAGUUCAUGAAGAGUGGACAUUGGGGUAAUCAGGUAUCACUGAUCAUCUAACACAAAUCUUAAGUCACAUGAUCAAGGUCAAAAUUCAUAUAUUGUUUUAUCACCAUAAUUAUGAAUGGUGUUUUGCAAAUAAUUAUUCUUCAGCCGUUUUUAAAGUCAGCACUGCUGCUACAUUGAAUCGCGUAAUGCAGGCGAGACUGCCAGAGGAGCUCCACUUGUCGUGUAGUUCGUUCACAGUCAUGGUCAGCGAUAUGAAAACAAAGUUUAUCAUAAUUCUCUAAAAUGAAUCAGUAUAAUCAAUAGGCACCAAAGGUGGAACAGACAAACGAAAGCCAAGUAAAGAGGAAUGUCCACAAUCUCUGAGACACUUGACAGAAUGAUAAUAAUGAUAAUAUGCAACAUCUAUAGGCUUAAUACGAAUUUUACUAAGCGCUGCAUACUAUUACCCCGGCACGACGACUCUUAUCAUGCUUAUGGGCCGCUAGAGCAUUCAAGUAAUUAUUUCCUAUUGGGUACCUAUUUACUACACCUGGAUGAAUUGUGGCAAAUGUAGAUAAACGCUUUGGCAAAGGACGCGAGCCCUGCGGUGGGGUUUGAACCCCGAACCUUGUGGUUCAAAGUCUGAAGACUAAUCCACUGAGCCACAACACCUUUACAAAAAUAGUGCGGUGUAGAUGUACACAGUAAAAGUGCCUUUUAGAACUGUGUUUACUGUAUGAACCUCACAGUAGUUGUUUAAACGGUUUAAACAAGUGUAUAAAUUCUUAAGCAACAAUUAAAAUUUUAAUGUUUAAUUCUCAAUAAAUCAAACAUUGUUUAAGCUAUUAAACGACUACUGUAAGGUUCGUAUGAAACAGCAUUGUAUAAAAUGUUAAAAAGGAUUUUUGCUGUGUUGUCACAAAACGGAACAGGGAUCGCGCUUAUCAAAACGGCAAAGAGGACACUGUUUCUCCCUGCCGACUGCCCCACCUACCCCGGGAGCUUAUUUCACAUCCCGGAGUGUUUUGUAAAAAUCCCCAGUGGCGUAACAGGCGGGGGGGGGGGGGGGACAGGGGGGCAAGCUGCCCCCCUGGCAGAUUCCACCGGGAAAAUAAAAAACGGGAAAAAGAUAAAAGGGAGGGAGAAAGAAAGAAAGGAAAGGGGAAAUGGAAAGGAGGAAAAGGAAAGGGAAAAGUGAAAAGAAAGCGAAGAAAGAGUAUUUUUUAUGGAAAAGGAAGGAAAGCGUGAAAAUGAACGAAAGAAGAACAUUUGAGAAAGAGCAAGUCAUUCCGAAAUAGGCCUAUAUGUAAUGCAAUAGCAUGAUGGGAAAUAAAUUUAAAGAUAACAAAAUGGCCAACAAUACCGGGAAAUGAAGUUAGAAUGGAAUUAGUCAAAAGCUAAAGUGGAAAACGAAAAAAGGGACAAGAAAAACAAAUUCAUAACACGGCCGGGCUGCCGUGGAUUGAAAAUAAAGAGCGGGAAGAAAGAUGGACUGCAAUAAGCUUCAGUGCUAAAUUGUAUGCAAAUAAGCUACCGGGGCUUUGCCCCAGACCCCAAGCAGUAGGGGCUCUUCAUCUAUAACCUUUAAUUGGCUCUAUAACUUCCCCCUAUAGGGACCCUUCCUACAUUAAACUUUACGUUCAAUCACUGGCGUACAGGCGUGGUGGUGGGGGGGGGGGGGGGUUCCACACCCAAGAUGAAAUAAAAGAAAUUAUAGGAGACAACGUAUAAUGAAAUGAAUGGAAACAAUGAAAUGUACAUUUUGCUGAAUAAAUAAAAUCUAUCAUAUUAUUAGAAUUUCAUUUUAAUAGGCAAUCUUUUUUUCCAGCUCGCUCUAAUCGCUGGCGACUUUUAACAAAUAUUCCCACAUUGCUAUGUUGUGUCCCCUCAAAAUAUUUGGUUCAUUACGCAACUGGGUUGAUUAAAUGUGUUGUGUAAAAGCUAUAAUAAUUAUGUAUAUACCCGCGAUAUUUGAUUAAAAUAGCGGCAAUCUGUGAGGUUUAAAUGGCUUUGAUGACAAGAAGUUCCGGGGGCUCCGCCCCGGACCCCAACCGCAAAGCGCACUGUCAUAUACGAGUAUGGUAGGGUUGGGCCAUGGCCUCCAAAAGUUCUACAACCAAGAACAAAAAACGAGGAGAGCAAAGCAAAGGAAAAGUGUAGGAUGUAAGUUUUUACUGAAUAUAAUGUCAAAACUUAUCUCAAAGUAAUAUUCUCAUGAAAAGGUGAUUUUUUUCUCGCUCGCUUCGCUCGCUCGGGAUUUAUAUUGAGUAGUUUUUUUUAGCACAUACGCCAUACUGCGCCCCUCUUUUUUUUUAUACUCUCCACGCUACUACCGCAAAGAAUCCUGUUCACAGUGGCAUACAGACCACACAAAAAAAGGAAUGGAAAGGGAGAAGGGUGAAAUAUAUUAUUCUCUGGAUAUCACAAAAUCGGAUUUU